GGCGAGCAAUAGAGUAUUCAGAGAUGGUGGCUUCAUAGGCAGAGAAUAAUACUGUUGCAUGGUGUCACUUGGUUAUUCUUUAAGUAGGUUGUUUUAGUGUUUAAAUGUUGUAUAUAAAAUACUCGUUAGAACUGCAAUCUCUGGAUUGACACAUGCUCAUUUAUCUGUGUGUACGGACUGCGCAGUGUAGCGGAAUCUUUACUGGGGAAGUGAAGACUGGAUAAAGAGCAGGAUUUCUGGGAGAUGUUGAGAGCCAACAACCCGGAGACAAAGAACUGACUUUCGAAGUUUAGAGAAAACCGCUGGCCUAGAUAGAGAAAGGCCCGAUUUGGAAAACGCUCUCUAGCCGCUGUAGCACCUACUGCGAGAGAGUACAGGCGAUAUAUGCACAGACUGCGAAAAACUGAGAGAGUUAAGAAGACAAACGUAUCACGCAUUUCGUUUACAGUACAGUUAUGGGGUUGUUAUUUGCAAAACUCUGGAGUUUCUUUUGUAACCAAGAACAUAAAGUGAUCAUCGUUGGACUGGAUAAUGCUGGGAAGACAACAAUCCUUUAUCAGUUUUUGAUGAAUGAAGUUGUUCACACAUCGCCUACUAUAGGGAGCAAUGUAGAAGAAAUAGUGGUAAAAAAUACCCAUUUCCUCAUGUGGGAUAUUGGUGGACAGGAGUCACUCCGAUCUUCAUGGAACACCUAUUACUCCAACACAGAGUUUAUCAUUUUAGUUGUGGACAGCACAGACAGAGAGAGGCUAUCGAUCACAAAGGAAGAACUGUACAGAAUGCUGGCUCACGAGGACUUAAGGAAGGCAGCAGUUUUAAUUUUUGCAAAUAAACAGGAUAUGAAGGGGUGCAUAUCGGCUGCUGAAAUUUCAAAUUACCUCACCCUUAGCUCUAUCAAGGAUCAUCCAUGGCACAUUCAGUCAUGCUGCGCACUUACAGGAGAAGGUUUAUGCCAAGGCCUGGAGUGGAUGACCUGCAGAGUUGGUGUGAGAUAACUGCUUGACAACAAAGACUCUUCCUAUUUGUUCUUCAUACAGUACAUGAACAUUGUUUUCUGUUACCUGUGGCUGAAGGAGCAGCUGCUUUUAAUUUAUCACAACACAAACCUCUCCAUACAACACUUGAAUCAAGUGAUGUUCACUUUUUAAGCUCUGUAGACCUUCACGAGCUACGUUUACAAACUGCUUUUGCUGUGCUGGAUGCACAUUGUAGCGCGUCUGUUUUUCUCAAAAGGCUUAAUACAUGUAAGAUUGUAUUAUUAUUUUUAAAUGUUAUAUACAUACGUUCUACCCACUAUGCAGACCUGUCU